AUGACCCUCCUCAAGUGGAUAUUAGACGUUUAUCCAAGAGUUCGGAAAAGAAGCACUUUGGAUGAAUACUGGAGAGUGUGGUGUAUGUUGUACCGAAAGUCGGUCGGGAAGAGUUUGCAUGCUAAAGUCAUGGAAGAGGUCCGCGAUUACAUUGACGGAUGCUUGACUAUUGAGUAUAAUCUUGAUACAUCCGUGCGGGAAAAGCCAGUCUUUUCCUCCAUCAUCUCUGGGUUCUGGAUACAUCGGUCUUUCCGGACGAACGACAAUGACGAAAUGGAACUAGAGUGGGAAGAUAUCAAGACUCUCUGCUAUGAUGAUGUGACACUUUUGAUGCUUUCGAAUCCUGAAGGAAAGCGAGAUCUUCUCGCGAUGGAGGUAACUCUAAAGUAUACUGAGGUUCCAAAUGGGCUCCAGUAG